CAUAUUAAAGUGAUUUUGGAAAAAAGUUAUUAGUGUUUGAGACAAUGAUUUUAAAAAGAAAAAGUUUGAUAGUGUUAUAUAAAAUCAUUUUUCAAAGCAAAAGGUUUGCAAAGGCUCCCUACAGUUAUAACUGAACAAAAUAUGUUACAGACGAGAGUUCCUUGACAAAUGGCCAUCUGGAGAAGGAGUUGGAUUGCCUGGAGGGGAUGGAAGGAAUACGACUGAGAGAUCUUCCGAGCUUCAUAAGAACCACAAACCCAGACGAAUUCAUGCUCCAAUAUUUCCUCCAAGAAACAGAGAGAGCCAAACACGCCUCCGCCAUCGUCGUCAACACCUUCGACGCAUUAGAGCACCAAUCUUUACUCGCCCUCCGAUCCAUGCUUCCGCCCGUCCACGCCAUCGGCCCAUUACAGUUCCUGGAAAACCAGGUCGAGGACAAAACCGUCAAAUCGCUCUCCACCAACCUCUGGAAAGAGGAUUCUGCCUGCCUGGACUGGCUGGACACGAAGCCGCCGAGCUCCACCGUCUACGUCAAUUUCGGGAGCAUAACGGUGAUGACCGCCGCCCAGCUGGUCGAAUUCGCGUGGGGAUUGGCCAAUUCCAACAAACCCUUCCUCUGGAUCGUCCGGCCGGAUCUGGUCUCCGGCGACGGCGCGAUGCUCCCGCCGGAGUUCGUGGAAGAGACGAGGCACAUGGGGAUGCUCGCGAGCUGGUGCCCGCAGGAAAGGGUGCUGACCCAUCCCUCCGUCGGCGGGUUCUUGACCCACAGCGGCUGGAACUCGACGGUGGAGAGCAUCUGCAACGGCGUGCCGAUGCUCUGCUGGCCGUUUUUUGCAGAGCAGCCGACGAACUGCCGGAUGGCUUGCACGGAGUGGGGGAUCGGGAUGGAGAUUGAUGGGGAUGUGAAGAGGGAGAAGGUUGAGAGGCUUGUGAGGGAGUUGAUGGAAGGGGAGAAGGGGAGGGAGAUGAAGAAGAAGGCCAUGGAAUGGAAGAAGAUGGCUGAAGAUGCUGCUCUGUUUCCAACUGGUUCAUCUCAUGUGAGUAUAGAUAGUUUCAUCAAGCAUCUGCUGAAGCAAUGAUCAUGCAGUUAUUAAGGUCAUCUCAUAUUGAUUUUCAACACUUUUGUUGUAUAAAAAUAUUGAAUUGAUACUCAAACUAUUACGUAUUUCUUUAAUGAAAUCUAUUUGUUAUGCUAUAA